GAUGACCGGUGCAAUUCAACAUGGGGGCCUCCGAUUCGAAGCUUGUCUUCAAGCAGGGUAUCUUCAGGCUCUCUGAAGACAAAAUAAUUCCAGCGGAUGAUCCUUAUUGGGCUUCGUUCUGGGAGCUCCCAGAGUCCACUGAAGAUAUAUUCAGUCUCUUCUCACCUAACGAUAUCAGGAGGACUCGAGAUACGGCGCUGGAGAACCUCGAAACCCUGAUAUUAGCAAUCACGAGUCGCCUGUUCAUCCUGCGACAUCAUCCUUCAUUCCCCGACCCCGAGUUCGCGCCUGAGAGAGAUGCGUUAAACUGCAUAAGAAUCCUGACCCGAAUUCUACCAUACAUAUAUGAGGCGGAGCAGUUACAGCCAUGGGAGGACAGGUUCUUUUGGGGUGUGAGGAGGAAACGGACACGAAAAGCAGCUUUGGCUCGCGAUGUACUCUUCGACGAAUCACAAGAAGAGCUUGCGAAACUCGAAGCAGCGGGCGAAGAAUUUGAGGAGGUGAAGCCGUUGGCAGAGGAGCUGAUCGAUACCCUGAUUGACCUGCUGUUUUUCGCCGAUUUCACGUUGCCAAGACCGCAGAAUACCAAGAACAAAGUUACAUAUGCGAUAUGGCAGAGUGGUGUAGGAUGCAAUACUUCUGUUGGAACGACGAAAGAAUUCGAGAGCAAUCGGACAGAGAUAUUGAGGCUCCUCUUGACGCUGACCAGCCAAAGCAUGUACAUGUCCGCCAAUCUGCUACCGGUUCAAGGAGUCAAGGCUAUCAGCUAUAUUGUCACAUGCCCGGACAAGCAAGUGGUUCUGUCCACGCUUUGCUCAUUACUGAAUACUACCCUCAAGUACAACCCUGCAAGUUGGAAGAUACCGUACAAUGUACAGGUAUUCAAGGACCCGAAGCAGAUAUUGGUCACAUAUGCCUUACAGUUUUUACUCGUGAUCCUGCUUUACCCAAUACCAGAAACCGAUCCAGCUCAUGCGAAGAAGAAUUUUUACCGGCACUUUCUUGGCCGAUUACACAGACCGCAAGAUUUCCAGUUCAUCACUGAUGGAAUGACCAGAAUUCUCAACGCACCUCUCAACGCCAGCAGUUCUUACAUCCCUGGAAAUCCCACAAAGUUCACAUCUGAGAUGAUCAUGCUCUUUUGGGAGAUCACUCAAUGCAACAAACGCUUCCGGUCUUUCAUUAUUGACACUGGGAGAUCACAUGACUUUUUAGUACUGAUAAUAUUCUACGCUAUCGAGUACAAGCUCGAUUCGUCGAAGCAAGGAGUUGUCAGGAUGUGUGUAUUCUUGCUGCAGACGUUAAGUGUCGAGCCAAAUUUCGGCAAGAGCCUCAACAAGAGAUUCGAGGCUCAAGAAACCCUGCCACCGACGAUCAGGUUACAGAAUUUCAAUGGCACGUAUGCCGACUUCCUCAUUCACUCCAUUUACAACAUCAUCACCACAAGCCAGGGUAAACUCACUGCAAUCUACCCAGCCUUGUUGGCCGUCAUCAACAACAUCGCUGCAUACCUUGAGGAUUUGAGCGCCUCGGCUUCCUCAAAACUACUGCAACUCUUCUCGUCAAUGUCUUCUCCAGGGUUCCUAUUGGCGAAUGACAGUAAUCACGAUCUACUGCAAUCGCUCUUAGAAAGCAUAAAUGCCAUAAUUGAGCAUCAGUUUAUCAGAAAUCCAAAUUUUGUGUACGCCGUGCUACGGAAUAAGAAGCGAUUUGAAGCAUUACGGUCUUUCACUCUCGAAAGUGGGCAAGAAGAGAUUGAGCGCAUGAAUAGGCGGCGGAAAGAACGCCAUGAUCCUAACGACUUGUCCGAGAGCCGAAGAGGAUCUGUGGAUAGUAUUAUUAGCCCAACGAUAAGUCAUUCGCGUGCACCGGCCCUGAGUGAUGUACCAGAAGAAGAUGGUACAUUUGCAAUUGGAGGCGACGAAGAUGAAGAUACAGAUGAUGAUCAUCGGCCUACCCCAGCAGAAUCCACGCCGACAGAGCAGCCAUCACGGGCGUCUUCAGUAUCGUCAAGUGUGGAUGAUGCAGUUCCGACUCAGCUGAGGGGCAUGUCCGAGAAAGCUCGAGGGAAGAUGCCUGCUGGAAUGCCCACUUUCUCCCGGCAGAACAGCACGACCAGCUUAAGCAACUACGUAACAGCAGGCUUCUCCACGAACGGAGCUUUCGAGCCUACAGCGCAGUGGAUUGAUUCCUGGCUCACCGAACUUCCCCUCCACACAAUCCUUACCCUCAUGGAUCAACUUACACCCCUUCUCCCCGCCCCAAAACGAUCUUCAACCGACACGCCCUCUGCCUCCAUACUGCACGUCAUCCAAUCUGCAAAGGUUACCGGGAUUGAGCCGUCUCCAAUUCGCAUCCAGUAUUUUGAAUGGUCACCUCUUUCCCUCGGCUGGUACGAGUCUCUCCUCUGGGGGUUUGCCUUCACAUCCGAGAUGCAGGUCCAAAAAGGCACGGUUGGGGUAUGGAACGGUACCGCCAUCAAGCUUUUCAGAGUAGAGGCCGUGGCACCCAGCGGACCUACGUUGAGUAGUCCAAGAGGGGCCGUAGAUGCAGUGGGCAGCAACAUCGUUAGUCGUAUUGGUAAUCUCAACUUGAGAGGUGUUGGGGGUGGCGGUUCGGCACAGGAUGCGCAGAGCCCUGCGGCUGAGAGACCGGAGAGACCGCAGGUUUCGAGGACGGGGACGGGUGAUGGAUCGAGGCCAGGUUUGAUUAGGACUGCAAUUAUUUAGGGCUUCGAAUCCGUGUCCCGGGUGAGCAUUGAUUAACUUACGAGCUCGUUAGCCUUCGCGCCCAGGAGGAGCCUCAUGGGAGGCGAUGAUGGAGAAAGCUUGCAAUUCAUAGGCGCACCAGCGAUGGCGUUUCCAGGAUGUACUUUAGCAUUGAGAUAGUUUUCCCACAGCAUAAAUGAUGGUUGAGAUGCUCGCGCUUAAAUCCGGGUGAAGUUAUAGUAACAAACCGUUUGGGAAUUCCACUAUU